UAUCGCGAGUGGUCGAGCCAGCACUAAAAGUUGCUAUUUUGCCUGAUAAAAAUUUACAAAAUCAUUGCAAGACCCUUCGAAAUCGUCGCCCAUGAGCCAGCUGUGAGGGGAAUCCCAGUGCCGUCGUAACCAAGUCGCCGCGAGGCGGACAUGAAAACCGCUGCCAGGACAUCGCACCACCAGCAGUGAUUCACGGCGUUGACAUUGAAAAACAAAUGCAAUGCCAGCGCUCGGGGCGUGAGCAGACGGAAGGGGAGCAGGAAGGAGCAAGGAUACAGCCUUUGGGUCGAUCGAAGCAGCCCCGGCCGCAGCCCCACUGACCGACCAUCCAGAGCCCCGGCCGCCAAGAUGCCCUGCGAGAGCUGCGGUGUUGAGUUCACCGUCUUUCGUCGCAAGCGCGCUUGCUUCGACUGCAAACGCUACUACUGUGCCAACUGCAUUGUGGCCAGGCGCUGCCAACGAUGCUCCAUCUUUGCCCAGCGCCCGCUGCUCAGAACGGAUCUGCUGAAGCUCAAGCCGAAGGACCUGAUCUUCUAUCUGCAGUCCAAACACAUUUCCACUGAGGGCUGUCUAGAGAAAGAGGAGCUGGUCGGACUGGUGCUGGCUCAUGUGGCCCAGAUGGACACCGGACGCGGCUCGAACGCCUCCGCCAAUAGUCCGGGCCGCGGGCAGGCCAACCCCAUCGACAACCUCAAGCAGUCGUGCCAAAAUUUCUUCACCAACCUGACCGACAACCUAAGCGACUCGUUCGCCGCGUUCGAUUCCAAGGCUAGCAGCAAGCCGCCGGAGAACAGGCAGCCCGCCGAGGCGCCCUCACACAUAUUCGAGCAGCCGCGGGUGUCCACGCGCGAGAUUCCCACGUACGCCAGCUCGGUGAACGGGGAAUCGGGCAGUGGCUCGGUCCAUGUCCAGCCAGCGGCCACCGUUAAUGGGGGCACCCAGAGCAGCAGCAGUCCUUCAACUUCCACGCCGGCAUCGAGCAACCGCGAUGCCAACGGCUCGCCAAGCAGCCCCAGCCACAGCGACAGCCGGGCCCGCGGGUCCCAAGAGUCCACUCAGGGCCAGGCAGCCAAUGACGGCAUUCGUGAUAUCAAGUCCGACGACUGCGAGUGUUCGGACGACGAGAUUAUGGCCACGUUCAGCGAGCGCGUGUCGCUGUCGCUCCGAACUGACCACAGUGUCCCACCAGUGCCGAACCCUGAUGCCGCCCUGGAGGCGGCCAUAAAUGGCCCUGGGGGCCUAGAAACUGCCAACAACACCAGUCCGGUCUGCUCCAAGCCGGGCUCGAGCAGUUCCAAGGCGGAUGCCUCGUCGCAGUCUAGUUUCGAGGAGCUGGGAGCCAUCGGCGGCAUCUCUGACGAGAGUAAGGCCACCACGGACACCAACAGCAGCCACUUGGAUCAGUGGCAGGUGCUGGAGGUGAACAGGAUCGAGGCUGUGGACGCAACGCCAACCACGAGUGCCGCCGAGGAGAUUCUGGAGGUUACUCUCCGAAGCGGCAGACCGGCUCCUGCGGAGGACGGCAGGCAGGAAGAGUGCGAGAGUACCCAGGCCCUAAACAUGGAGCAGCGUCCGGCCAAUCCGACUCCAGCGUCACAUCCCGCCGUGCCGCAGCGCACUAAAAAGGUGACCCGGCGCCGUUCCGAUGGCUACUUGAAUCGCCGGCACCACUCCAGUGAUGAGGAGUCGCCGGUGGCACCCGGUGGACCUGGCCUAAGCCUCGGACUGUCUACGCUGAGCGAGCAGCCCGAGUCCGGCCUGCACGCCCACUCGCAUCGCAACAGCUGCCAGCGCUGCGGCAAGAACAAGACAAACAUCCGUCGGCAUGUGGAGAGAAUGCGGCGGCACCUGGAGAACUCGCAGAUGUCCGAGGAGGACAUCAAGCGCGAACUUCAGGAGUUCCUCACGUACCUGGAGCAACGUACCAAGUCGGUUGAGGCCUCCGAGUCGGGCAGCCAUGCCGUUUCGCCUCUGAGCGUGGACGCGAUCAGCGUGGCUGCCGGCGGAAGGUCGCCGGACAUGCCCAUUACCCCGACAAUUGAGUUUUCGCCAACGCAGGAGGACGACAUUCGCUGGGACGACGAAGGCAUCCAUGUGUAUGCGGCACCCUCGGACUAUGAGCCCGCCGCCUGCAUUGAUUCGCGCUUCGUAAACUUGGAAGACUUUGAAGACUUAAAAGACUUGGAGGCAUUGACGGUGAAACAGUUGAAGGAGGUGCUCAUGCUGCACCGCGUCGACUACAAGGGCUGCUGCGAGAAGCAGGAGCUGCUUGAUCGCGUCAGCAGGCUGUGGAAAACCAUGCGGGAGGCUCCAGCUGUGGAGAAACUGGCCACGGAUGAGCUGUGCAAAAUCUGCAUGGACGCGCCCAUCGAGUGCGUGUUCCUCGAGUGCGGCCACAUGGCCACCUGUACCAGCUGUGGCAAGGUGCUCAACGAGUGUCCGAUCUGUCGACAAUAUAUCGUACGCGUCGUACGAUUCUUCAGGGCGUAGAGUGUACAGCGGAUUCCCGGAUCUCGGAUCUUCGCGGGAUUACAACGUAUUAGUUUCCUUAAUCGACGCGCGUGCAACCAUAAUAAUAAUGUGUAAUCAUAAUUUGUAUGUUUUAGUUCUACUAAGUAUGUAGUACGUUGCCAGUAUAUACGCAGAUACCGCUUUUAAAGUGUAUUUAUCUAUUUCCAAAA